CCACCACCAUCAACACCGCAACAGCAACAGCAACAGCAGCAGCAGCAACUGCAAUACCCGACACCAAAUGCUAAUCCGACGGUGUUACCUCCACCGCCUCCACCGAUCGUCUCAUACGCGCCGCAGGCAGUGUCUGGAGGGGUCGCGACGUUGACUCCCUCUCUGCCGUCAUUUCGUCCGGUUCCUCAGUUUUCUCCGGUUCCCAACCCGAGUUACCAGAACCCUAGCAUCCAAACCCCUGGAGUGCAACCGCCUGGUGUGAGCUCGGCUCCAAUUAUGCCGUACCAGGUUCCUCCAGGUCAGAUUUUGAGUCCGGCUAUGAGACCGUACGCGCCUGUGCCGAAUGGUUAUCCCGCCAUGCCUGCAGCUGCUCCUCAGGGUACCGUUCCUCCGCCGGUGUUUUGAUUGAUUACGGUGAGAAAGGUUGCAAGGCUUCAAAUAUUGGUUAGAGACCCCUUCUUCAACACCUUUACUUUGGUAUGCAUAUUUGUUUGGUUUCCUUAAAUUCCGUUUAAGAGUAAAUGCACCUUUAAUGAGAAGUUAUUCUUUUUCCACCCUUAACUCAGCCCCUAAGAUCUAAAAAUAGUAUCAAGAAAAAAGUAAUAAACACAAUUCAAAUAGCUGUAUUGCUCUUUAUGUCAUGCUAAAUUUCAUGUGGUUGUGCCAUGUUCAUUUUAGUAGGCUACUUUCUGGUAGUCAUAAGGGUACUUUUCCUUUCAUGGGUUUAUGAAUUGCCAGCGGCAGACCUUGUUAGCAACUGAGUGCUCGUUGGCCUUUUAUUAUGAGGUAUCACAAUCUUUCUAAUUACAGUUUCUCUUUCCUUUUGUCUCCCUGCUCCUUAUGUUUCUUUCUGUUUGUUUUUCCAUUUUGCAAAAUGGACUGCUAACGUUUUAGAGAAAUCUAAAUGUUGAGAAAUAUGAGUAUAGUUUUGAGUUAUUAAUUUCCUGUGAGCAUGAGAUGCUGGAACUCUCAUGUUAUCAAAUCUCAAAAUUUGCAAUUGGUGCAUGGAAUGAUUUGGAAGGCUACUAUCUAACAAGUGGAUGCACAAGGUAAGCCCAGCUCGAAUGUCCAUGCUUAUGAACUCCGUGCUAUUUUCUUAAUGUCUGCUUCAGGUUAUCUAUUCAGCUGGUGAUAGUUGCCAUGCCUGUGGUGCCAUCUCUAAUAUGCUUUUAUUGUGUGGUAACAUUAUUUAAUUAUUUUCUAGAAUCUUUUUUCAUUAUAUGUUUAAUGGGACAAACGCUGUUAUACCUGUUUUUAGUUGAUAAGCUUGUUCUAACAUCGUUGCAUAGAUAUUUGUUUUCCGUUUAUGCAGGAUUUCCUCGGUAUUCUUCCCCAUACCCAGCUAUGGUUCGCCCUGUGUUUCCUCCACGUCCACCAGGUGCAGUUGGUGUGCUUCCAGCAGUAGCGCGUCCAUUUGUGCCAGGAAUACCUGGUGUUCGCCCAAUAAUCUCCCCUAUUAUUAGGCCAGCUGUUGUUCCUAUUGUUACACCAGCAGAUAAACCACAAACUACGGUUUAUGUUGGCAAGAUAGCACCAACUGUGGAAAAUGAUUUUAUGCUUUCUCUUCUUCAGUUUUGUGGACCCGUCAAGAGUUGGAAACGUGCUCAAGAUCCCACCACUGGGACUCCUAAAGGUUUUGGGUUCUGUGAAUUUGAGUCUGCAGAAGGGGUUCUUCGUGCAUUGCGGCUGCUGAGCAAAUUUAAUAUUGAUGGGCAGGAAUUGGUGUUAAAUGUUAAUCAAGCAACAAGGGAAUACCUGGAGCGGUAUGUGGAUAAGAAAAUGGAAAAUGCUAAUAAAACCAAAGAAACUCGAGCUGAAGCCUCUGAGAAAGAGGAUGAAAGCGCAGCACCAGAUGGGAAGACUGAAUUGCCCAAACCUGCUGCUGAGGAGGUGAAGAAGGAUGGUGAUGCAGGGAACAAAGAGAACAUUGAUAUUGCUAACUCUUCGCCUGAUAGGAGUAGGAAAUAUGACAGGAGGAGCAGAGAUAGGGACAGAGAGCGGGAUGUAAAGCGAGAGAAGGAACAGGAAAUUGAAAGAUAUGAAAGAGAGGCAGAGAGAGAACGAGCUAGGAAAGAAAGAGAGUUAAGAAGGAAGAUUGAGGAUGGAGAGCGUGCAUAUCAAGGUCGUCUUAAACUAUGGGAGCGAAGAGAAAGAGAGAAAGAGAAAGAACGCCAGUAUGAGAAGGACAGGGAGAAAGAGCGGGAGCGUAAGAGGAAGAAGGAGAUCCUUUACGAUGAAGAAGAAGAUGAUGAUGAUUCUAGAAAAAGGUGGCACAGGAGUGCUUUGGAGGACAAGCGAAAGAAGAGACUAAGGGAAAAAGAGGAUGAUUUAGCUGACAGAUUGAAAGAAGAGGAAGAAAUUGCUGAGGCCAAGAGGAAGGCUGAGGAGGAGAAGCUGCAGCAGCAACAAAGAGAUGCUCUAAGGCUUUUAACUGCACAUGAAGUGAAUGGAAGUGAAGAAACUGAAGAAUCUAACAUUGAAAGCAAGGAUAAGGCUGUUGUCCAAGAUAAAGAAGGUGAUCUUGCACAUGAGAAACAUACAUUAGAUGAUGGUGUUACACAAAAUGGGACUAGGGAUGAAUCUACUAUGGCUACUAUUACUACAUCAGAUACCCAACAGGGUGGCAGUGCUCCAGUCAGAAAGUUGGGGUUUGGUCUUGUUGGGUCUGGAAAACGUACUGCUGUCCCAUCUGUUUUCCAUGAGGAGGAGGAAGAUGAAGCACAUAAGGACAAAAGGAUGCGACCUUUGGUUCCCAUUGAUUACUCAACUGAGGAACUGCAGGCUGUACAACCUGCUGCCUCUGGAGCACCUCCGCCAAAUUUGGUUGCAGCGGCAGAAUUUGCAAAGCGUAUCUCUAAUGUUAAUCCUAGAGAUGAGAAGCCUGAUUUAGAAAGGGAAAGGAGUAGACGUUCCCAUGAUAAGUCAAGCCAUCGGGAUAAAGACCGAAUUGAAGAGGAUAAUGGUCGAACCAGAGAUGAGGGUAAGGAUAAGAUUGUUGACCGUGACAAGGACCGUGAACGUGGGAUCGAAAAAAUGAAGGCACCAGAUAAUAAGAAGCUUUUGGAUGCAAAGCAAUUAAUUGAUACGAUUCCAAAAACUAAGGAGGAGUUAUUCUCUUAUGAGAUAAAUUGGGCUAUUUAUGACAAGCAUGAACUGCAUGAGAGAAUGAGGCCAUGGAUUUCAAAGAAGAUUACGGAGUUUUUGGGGGAAGAGGAAACCACACUGGUUGAUUACAUUGUAUCCAGUACUCAGGAACAUGUUAAGGCUUCCCAAAUGCUGGAGCUCUUGCAGUCUAUUUUAGAUGAAGAAGCUGAAAUGUUCGUUCUCAAGAUGUGGAGGAUGCUCAUCUUUGAAAUUAAGAGAGUAGAGGUGGGUCUUCCAUUGAGGUCGAAAACUUAACUACUAGUUUUAUGUUCGUUCAUUUGUUGCUGAGGGAUUCAUAUCACUGAUGUAUCUGGUUCUGAUCCUCAUGGCAUAGGAGAAAACCUGAUUUGAUAAAA